AUGGCUGCGCCUAUUGCAUCAAUCUCAAAUGCAUUCCGGGCCGAUGGCUCUGCAUCUUACAAGUGUCCCAUCACAGGCUACCGCGUGCUCGCCGCUGUGAACGCUCCCGUUGAGCUGCCUGCUCGCAAGGGUGCUCUCAAACCCCAAGAAGCUACCGUUGAAGUUUCUAUCAGACCUGGAAAGCUUUCUCCAUCAGUUGUAGAGAAGUCGGCUGAGUCAAUUCUGCGUCGUAUGCUGAGCAGUGUGAUCCUUCGUCGCCAAGCGGGCUACCCUCGUCGCGGUGUGGUUAUCACACUGGCAGUGGUGGAAGGUGAGCCGGUAGGACGAACUGGCACUUAUCUCCCUCUCAUGCCAGCACUGCUUCAUUCUUCUUUGCUCGCUUUACUUUCCGCUGCCGUUCCUCUGUCAUGUACCUUCCUUACUCUCUUUUUCGCCGUGACUCGUUCGGGUGAAAUUGUUCGCGAUCCAUCCCCAGCGACCACAAAAGAUGCGGAGUCUCUUCAUGUUAUCAGUUUCUCCUCCACAGGGCGCACUCUGAUGGACCUAGUCGAGGGGCCUUGCGAUCUGGAAAUUUGGGCAACGAUUCGGCAACAAGCCAAGGAUAUUUACCAGGGAGCUGCGGUACCUGGUCCCGACGGCGAUAUUUCUAUGGAUGAAGAGUCGAGCAAUGCUCCCGGUGGAAUCAUUCGUGAAACCGUGGAGGACCGUCUGCGCCGUGACUAUCGCUGGGAGUUUGAGACAUUAUGA